AUGUACUCAGCGAACGCGAGGAGAGGAUGCUCGACCACAGCCGGCUGCCGCCCGGCCCAUCCGCCUCCUGGCCCCGCGCCCGGCUUCCGCGGCCUCCGCGCGGCCAACCCCGAGCUCGGCCCCUCUGCAUCGGCUCGCACCUCCACAAGCAUAUGCCCCGGCCGUCGCCUGCGCCCGCCGGCUCCGGAUCCCCGCCGGGUCACCUCCGGCCGCGGCCGGGUGCCCCGCACCGGCCGGCUCCGGGUCCCCCGCACCGGCCGGCUCCGGGUCCCCGCCAGGUCGCCUACGCCUGCGGCCGGGCGCCCCGCUCCGGCCGUCUCCGGGUCCCCGCCGGGUCGCCUCCUGCCCACCCUCACGCCGGCCUCACCACCUCCUGCGCCGGCUCCGGUGGCCGCCCCGUCCCUCUACCCGGCCGCCGGCUCCCCAGGCCGGCCCGACCAACCGCCGGCUCCCCCCUCGACCCGGCCCGCCGGCUCUGCCUGCGCCGGCUUCUGCCGUGUCCGCGCGCCCGCCGGCUCCGCGCGACACGGCCGCACGCCGGUUCCGCGCGACUCGGCGCUGUCCGGCAUCCCCGGCGGCCUCCCACGCUGGCUGGCUCGCGCCCGCACGGCCGGCUCCACCCGCCACCGGUCGGCCCCGCCCGCAUCCCAGCUAGCCGGCUCGCCGCCCCCCGCGCAGGCUCCGCCCGCAUCCCGGCCUCCCGCAUGUCGGCUGGCCGCGCCCAUGCGGGCUGCGCCCUGCAAGGUCCUCUGCCGGCUGGAGCAAAAUAAAGUCAAGAAGCCAAAAAAAAUAGAGAGGCCGGCCGUUGCGCACCCACUACGGCCGCCUGCUGCGCCCGCGCAUUCUGCUGCCUGCAGAGAGAAAGAAGAAAGAGGGGCCGGCUGCCCCAGUGGCCGACUGGAAAACAGUGGCCGGGUGCUUGAAAAAAAAAGAGAGAAGAGCACCAUGUCCGGCUGA